AUGCUUACUCAUGCCUUAUCGCACAUCCCACUCUUUCCCCGCCUCAAUAUCAAUCUUUCUCACCAGCGUUACGCUCUUUAUACGAGUAAUUCGACUUGCUGCUUGCAUUACACUCCCCUUGGAAUACUUCACUCUCAGGAACUACAUACACAUACCAUAAUGGCAUCCAACGGAACCCCCACCGAGUUCCCUUACACCCUCACAAUAUCCCUCCCUCUCCCCACCAAUCGCCUUGCAUCCGCUGCCCUCCGCACCCUCGAAGUCGACACCGAGCUCUCCCCCUUCGUCAAGCGCAGUUUCGCCCUGACAACGCCAACCAAAGAGCAAACCGCCGAGGAAGAAGCCAAAACCGUGCUGGAGACGACCUACUGCGCGACUACGAAUCGCAUGCUGCGUGUCUCUGUAAAUGGCUUCAUGGAAAAUCUGGCAGUUGUGCUUGGGGUGAUGGAAGAAUUGGAUGUGGAUGUUCUAGAUGCGGAUGAUGAUAAAUGA